CUACCCGCGCUCGCGGAUCACGCGCGCAUUCUGACUCCACUGACAAUGAAAGCCGCAGAUCUCGUGUUCCCACUGUGGACGGAGAAACACACAACUGCCUUCCAGGCAAUCAAGGACCUGGUAACGAGCGCUAAGUGUCUAACGACGAUAGACCAUGACAAUCCUGGCAAUAACAAGAUCUUCUUGACCUGUGAUGCUUCAGAUUAUCGAACGGGUGCAGUA